AUGAUGAAGAAGAACAAGAACUCAGUGGAUGAGCAAGAUGCCCUCUACAUCCCACAGUCUCACAGUCUAGGACAUCUUAGGAAUAUAUUGGAUAGAGGAGAGUAUGCACCUUUUCUAGCUCCUCCCAUAUUGGAGAGCAAUUUUACUCAGGUCAAUCGGAGAGGUGAAUCUAUUUAUGUGCAUAACCGAGCAAACUGGGUGACCGUAGGCAUCUGUUCUUCCAAUCCCAUGUUCAAGACCCCCAAUGUGAUGCUGCUUGCACAUCUGACUCCAGAAGCUCAAAAAGAACCAGAGCCCCUCUUUAAAAGCCUCCUGGCGUAUCCCCCUACAGAGAAUCUGGUGCUCACCAGGUUUCUCCCUCUGCAGUUUGUGACUCUUUCUGUGCACAGUGCUAAGAACAUGUGCCUCAAAGUAAAGCUGAUAAACGGCCGCGCCUACUAUUUACAGCUCUGUGCCCCUGUGAAUAAACAGGACACCAUAUUUUCUCAGUGGGUGGACCUCAUCUCCCUCCUGAGUCAGGAGAAAUUUAGAACUUCCAGACUAUCAGAGGUCUCAAGCCUCUCAGAACUAACAAACAGCACAGACAUCACAGGCUCAAUGAACAUCAUGGACAUUACCGCUUUCACAGAGCUGCAGACCAUUCACUCGCAGGCGCGCAUAUACUCUGGUAACGUCAUGGAAAGUGCAGACUUCUCAGAAUUUACUGAUGUCACUGAUAUCACAGAUGUCACUGAUGUCACAGAUAUCCCGGAAAAUGGGGUCACAGAGGUUCCAGAUAUAAAAAUUGUCACAGAAGUCACAGAAGUUAUAGAAGCUGAAGAGUCCACAAACCUAUCAGGGGUCACAGUAGUAUUUGAAAAUGACGAUAUAAAAAAGGCCAAGCAGGAGGAAAAGGAAAAUAUCCUGAAGCAUGGGUGUCUACGAGAUACAAAGAGUAAGAAUGAGUUCAGAGAAUCCCCCAAACAUGUUACCAUCUCAAACCUAACACUGACUUUUCAAGGGGAAAGGUGUUUUCAGACAACUCUGACGCCUAUAAAAAGCGAGAACAUACCCAAUGAAACGCGAGAUAAAACCUCUGAAGAAAAGAUGACUGAUCUUCGAAAUGCACAACUCAAGGCCACAGAAUCCAGGAGUACAGGAGCGGAUUCAGACACUACAGGCUUAUCUAGUUUUUCAGUUUUCCCCCUGAUUAGCAUUUCUUUCCCCCUUUUCACCCUCCUCUAA